UGUGGGUGUGUAGAUGCUCACCCAGUUGUACCUACCAUGGUACAGUGUGUUGGUUAUGUGGGUGUGUAGAUGCUCACCCAGUUGUACCUACCAUGGUACAGUGUGUUGGUUAUGUGGGUGUGCAGAUGCUCACCCAGUUGUACCUACCAUGGUACAGUGUGUUGGUUAUGUGGGUGUGCAGAUGCUCACCCAGUUGUACUUACCAUGGGUCGAUUCUCAACUCCUGCUACCUCCUGAAUUUUUUUGUUGUGUAUGUGCGUGUGAAUAUGUGUCAAAUUACUCGUGUUUAUUCACAAGUUAUGUUGGUGGAGUCUGGGUUCCAGUGUUUAUAGAGCCAUUAUCCUGUGUGUGAACAAAUAUAAAUAUACAGAACUCUACUGGCUCUACCAAGAGCCUCUCCAAGCCCUGACUUUGUCUAUAUCCAUGUCCUAGUUACCCCCCUUCAGUAUGCUCUAUUUAUUUAGAAAUACUUUCAGAAAUACUUUAAACAUCUGGGGGUAUAAUUUGGGCCUCUUAUUUUCUAUUUAAAUAAUAUAAUUACACAGAAUAUUGGUAGCCAGUAAGAAUACUUUUUCAAUUUUUUUUUACUCCAGAGCUCUGCGUAGGAUCGAGUCUCCGCCAUCUCAUCAUGUUUGUGCAGCUGGUGCUCUCAUUCUGUCUCCUGGUGGCGUCGUCGAAGGCGAAGAUUGUCACGAGCUAUGAGGUCCCAGUAAAUGUUUCGAUUCCAGCAGCCCAGGUAGGUGGUGACCCAGCUGGGCAGGCGGUGGUGGCUGCGGUGAAAAAUGUAAUUAAGAGUAUUAGUGGGGGAGGACCUGGUGGAGACGCUGUUGGAGAUGUAGUCUCGGUGGUGUGGCCCAUAUUUCUCCAACAGUUGGGUGGAGCCGAGGGCCUGAAAAACCUGAUUUCCGACAGCCUGGGGCUUCACGAAAACUUCUUGAAGCCAGUGGUGAAAAUCCUCGAUGGUUUCAACAAACUUGCCCAGUCUUCGUUUGGGUCUGUCAGUCCUGGCGACAACUUUUUGACGGGUAACCAAAACGGCGACAGUGAGAAGACCUCUAGUAAUCUCUCCGCAGAUAAUGUAAACAUCAACGAACAGAUUUUGGAUCUGGUGAAGGGGGUGUUUGAGGAGGAGCUCGGGGAGCUCCCAUUACUUUCGCCUACGACUGCUUUAGGCUUCGAAAACGCCUCGAAGUUGAAUGUUGGCCUGGAGAUAAAUACCUCUAACGUGUGGAUGCUGGUCAAGUCGACGUGGCAGCGAGUCAUAGCCUAUGUUAAGGACGAGAACGCUCUUCCUUAUUUCAUGCAACUAACCCCAAUUAAAAUCAUCGACCGAGUUCUUAACCUCGGAGAUGACUUGAAUCUCAUGAACUUCCUGGCUAAGAAACUCGACAGAGAUUUCGCAGAGUUCAUAGCGGAGGAGGUCAACCCGUAUCUCGGUCCCUUCAAGAACUUCGACAGCUUCUACAACUUCACCAAAGAAAACGGCCUCAGCGGAAUCCUUGACUACUUCAGAAGUAAGAGGUUCGGGGACACGAUAACUGCAAUGUCACGUUUCGUCUUUGCUUACUUCGAUGACAAUUUCUCGGAUGACAUCGCAGAUCAGUACAUCUCCUUCAUAUCAUUUAACAACACCGAGCUGUACAACUUCUACAGGUCACUACUGAGGAGUCAGAGGACUUCGGAUGAAGGUGGGAGGGUGAAGAGGGAGGAGCUGGAGAAGACCGCCAGGGAGUACAAGUUUAAUGGAUACGACUUCCAGCCCAAGAAACCUGAAAGCGGGUCAUCCCGGGAGCUGUCUCGGGACGGAGGGUACGGAGGCGGCAGCACCGGAGGUGGCGGCUAUGGAGGUACAGGAGGCGGUGGCGGCGGUUACGGCGGCGGUGGAGGUGGUUAUGGCGGCGGUGGCGGCGGUUACGGCGGCGGCGGCGGUGGUUACGGCGGCGGUGGCGGAGGUUACGGCGGCGGCGGAGGCGGCGGCGGCGGAUAUGGCGGAGGCGGUUACGGCAGCAGCUAUGGCAGUAGCGGUGGCGGCUACUCGAGCAGCGGCGGAAUGAUGAUCGAUCCGUCUAUGAUACUGAGUUCGGUGGCCAUUGGGGCUCUCUUAGGCUUCCUACUCUUCCGCCUCACCCGCGGCACGCGCCGCGGCCGCCGCGACAUCGGCGAUGGGUCACUCUCUCUCUGGCUCUCAGACAUCCCCGACAGAAUCUUACCCUGGGGCACCAGCGUCGAGCGAAUGAGGCGAGACGCACACAACUUCAACCUCACCGGAGGAGAGGAGUUCGAUCUGCCGGAGUCCCUCAGGGGAGAUGUGUGGUCCAGCGAUCCUUUGGUCGGAGACGGACUACUGGAGGAAAAGCAGAAGCUGGGCGAGGACGACAUCGCCGACCAGCUGAACCAUCUGUGGAGGGUGUACAAGCACAGCAACGAGACCACCUGUGUACACGACCACCUGUGCAGCUUCAUGGCCAACACUACAGCAGACCAACUCACAGGAAGAGAGUCAAGUAUACCUCUUCUGAUGGCGAGUGUUGGCAACAUGUUGGGUGUUGCUGGUUCAGGACAGCUGAUGGAUGAUAUUACUCAGGUCUUGAUGAUAGGGGGCGGCCCUUAUCCCUGCCUCAGUCUCUCACCCUGCCACUUGGAAGGGCUGACCCUUCCAGCAGGGGUGUAACUCGCUGGAGAACAGGCCACUUUUUUCAUGAAAACAUUCCCAAGACACCUCUGGUCAUUCUCCGGCUACAUAUCGCCUAGGCAACGCUUCUGAAGAAAGGAAGGUCAUUUUACAGCGAAUUAUCAAUUCAGGAGCUUUUCUACAAGAUCCUCUGACGUUCUACUUGAAAAUCAAGGCGGAAAUUCUGAAAAAUUCCUUGUCGUCCGUUGUCUAUGAAGGAGAUUCACAGCCUUUACAUCCAAGAAUUUCAAGGUUUUGCCGCUGAAGCAUCUAAUUUAUUGUGCACCGCCUAUAUUGAUCCUGUGCACAGUCUAUUAUUGGUCAUGUGUAUGGUAGUACAAGAGCAUAUAGAGCCUAAAGAUUAUCGCAGAAUCUUGGAAAGAAAAAACUCGUGUUUCCUCCUGGUUGUCAUAUGGAUUGUUUUGCGGCUCUCCAGUCAUCUGUCACUUCCAGAGGGACUUCUCUCAGAGAGUCCCACAGGAUAAUGAAGGAACUCGAACAGAGCGAUGUUCUACAGGUUACUGAAGGAGCUCAGAAACACUCGCUGACGUCCAGUAGGGUAUUGAAAUGUGCUCAGAGAGCUCUGAGAUGUACUGGAGACUGUGUCUG